AUGGCACCUGCCACAACGAGAGCGGCACAAGCGGUGUAUAACGAUUAUCAUCAUAACAACCUUGCAUUUGAAUCAUACUUGGCCAAUACAGCAACUGCUACGCAUUCCCAAUUCAGUUCUCUUAAGCUUACAAGUGACGCUCAGCUAUGUCCAAGACAUGUGGAAUACUUAAAGAACCGUAACGAAAAUCAACCCUGUCCACUUGGGAACAGAUGCCCUUUCAGACAUGAACAACCAGGUCCGCAAAACUUCUUGGCGCCCGAUCAAAAGAGAGAUUUAGGGAAAAGAACGAUCUGUAAGCAUUGGCUUAGGGGAUUGUGCAAAAGAGGAGAUCAAUGCGACUAUUUACAUGAAUACGAUAUGAGAAGGAUGCCGGAAUGCAGAUUUUUCGCUACUUUUGGUUAUUGCAAUAGCGGUGAUGAAUGCUUAUACCUGCAUGUGGACGCAAAAGCAAAGAUACGUGAAUGCGAGAAUUACAAACGUGGAUUUUGUCCAAAAGGUCCAGCUUGUCAUAAAAAGCAUGUCAGAAGGCCGGCUUGUCCGUUGUACAUUGCAGGAUUCUGUCCAAGAGGACCGGAUUGUCGGAUGGGUCACAUCAAAGCAACCCCGCCGUCUGCUGCUUCUCGCUCGAAUUCACCUGUAUUGACUCAUAAACCUCUCACCGCUGAAGAAGCCUUUGGUCAAAGGAAUAUGGCAGGUCAAGCAGGAGGGCAAGAAGGUGGCUACUCACGUCCACAAAGACAGGAUUACACACAGAAUCAAUCAUCUGGAGGCUAUCAAGCUAAUACCGUCGGAAAUAUGGGAGGAGGUAAUAUGCAACGCAACAAUCAGGAUGGAAAUGCUCCUCGACGUUUGCGUGAUUUAAGUACGGUGACAUGCUACAAGUGCGGAGAAGUAGGACAUUUUGCAAACAUGUGCCCUAAUCCAAAUAUGCCAGGUCAUCGAGGAGGCACGGAACGAGGAUCGGGUGGAAGGGAUAGAGGAGGUGGCGGUGGUGGUCACCAACAAAGUCGUGAUUAUAACAGACAAUAUUAA